AUGGUGGGUAGCUUCGCUGUCACCACAAAAGGCGAAGCGUGGACUUUGGGCAUAAGAAAUUUUUUAAUGUGCCAAUUCGUUGCUUCCCAGUAUGCAAACAGUUCAAUAAUUUCAAUAAAUCCAUUCUAUUUUUUUCACUUUCGCCAUCCUGCGUUUCAGGUUUCCACUUCACGCGGUCACGUGCACAUGCUUGCUUUCGAUCCAGUUCUUUGGUCAUACAGCUUACCACAUCGUACUCAAAUAAUAUACCCCCCAGACGCAAGCUUGAUUGUGGGCGGAUUAGAUUUACUCCCGGGAAAGUGUGUGAUGGAAGCUGGAACGGGAAGUGGUUCAUUGACGCAUUUUCUCGCGCAGGCUAUUUGGCCAACAGGUCGCGUUCGUUCUUUCGAGUUUCAUCUUGGUCGUGUUGGGCGAGCAAUUGAGGAAUUCCAAUCCCACGAACUGUCGAACGUGGUCAGCGUCACCCAUCGGGAUGUGUGCGCUGACGGUUUCCCACCUCUCGAUGGUGUGGAUGCGGUCAGUUUAGAUUUGCCUCAACCGUGGCUUGUUAUCCCUUCGUUGCCUAGUGUUUUUCGCACGGAUUAUGGACGCGUGUGUUCAUUUUCUCCCUGCAUUGAACAGGUUCAACGCACGGCUUUAGCUCUGAAGAAAGCCGGCUUUGUGCACAUACAGACAAUGGAGUGUUUACAACGCAACUAUGAUGUGGUGCGCGCCGUGAUGAAUGUUCCGAAUCUGGGUAGGUUGCAUUUCGAAUGA